UCUGGGGCUCCGCUGCUAAGGCCGGGCUUGGGCAGCGCGGCGUCGGGAGCGAGUGUGGUGCCUCUGUCGGUCUUGCUGGCUCUGCCCCUGGGCCUCAUCUCGGCCCGCUUAGACCCCCGUCCUUGUGCCCUUGAACGUGCAGCAGAGGGACCUGGAAGUUGGCCUCCUCAGGGCGCAUGCGCCGCUUGCGUCCUUGGGGUCAGAGGUCAUAGGGAAGGUCGAAGAAGAUGGGUUGGGUGCCUUAAACUGAAGUCAGUGGUCGAAAGAAAUGGACCCGUUAGAAGUCACAGGUCACGGGAGGGGGCAGUCUUGAGCUCCCGCUAAGUGCCCUGCUCUGGGCUAAACCCUUGGCUUGUAGGAUCUCCCUUCGUUCUUACGAUCCCCCCAUUUCUCAUAGGAGGAAACAGGCCAGGUGACCCCACCUGCCCAGGGUCACUUGACAGUCUGAGAGACAGUUCCAGAAGGGCGUUGGUGCUGGGGAAAGGAAUUCGAUCUUGAGGGUUAUUUAAGCCUCGGUUUCCAGCAGGGGCGGGCUGGGGAUGGAAAGGGAGGGGUCUGCUGGAUUCGGGUCCUGGUCCCAACCUCCUGGAGCGUGACUUGGGCAAGUCACUUAACACAGCCGAGCUGCAGCUGCUCAUCUGUGCCUCUCCCGUGGGAUCCUCGUAAGGACACGAUAACUAUGCACUGCCUGACUACACCCACGGUGCUUCGGGCCCUGGCCCAGGCUGUUCGUGCAGGACAUCCCAGUGCCCGGAGCCUCCACAGCAGCGCAGUGGCAGCCACCUACAAGUACGUGAACUUUCGAGAGCCCUCGAUGGACAUGAAGUCAGUGACUGACCGGGCAGCUCAAACCCUUCUGUGGACUGAACUCAUCCGAGGACUGGGCAUGACCCUGAGCUACCUUUUCCGGGAGCCAGCCACCAUAAACUACCCAUUUGAGAAGGGCCCGCUGAGCCCACGCUUCCGUGGGGAGCACGCGCUGCGCCGUUACCCGUCCGGGGAGGAGCGCUGCAUCGCCUGCAAGCUUUGUGAGGCUGUCUGCCCGGCCCAGGCCAUCACCAUCGAGGCUGAGCCACGAGCCGAUGGCAGCCGCCGGACCACUCGCUAUGACAUCGACAUGACCAAGUGCAUCUACUGCGGCUUCUGCCAGGAGGCCUGCCCUGUGGAUGCCAUUGUCGAGGGCCCCAACUUUGAGUUCUCCACGGAGACGCACGAGGAGCUGCUGUACAACAAGGAGAAGCUGCUGAACAACGGGGACAAGUGGGAGGCCGAGAUCGCCGCCAACAUCCAGGCCGACUACCUCUACCGGUGACGCCGUCCCGCUGGCCCGCGGCCCUGCUGCCAAUAAAGGAGCUCUGACCCAC